AUGAUAGCCAAUAUUGGCCAUAGCCUCAAUUGGCCAAUACCUUUUGUCGCCUUGGUCGUGGUGAUAGUUGUUUCUUUGUUGGUAUAUUUCAAUUACUUUUAUGUUGAUAUUCCCAAGAUCGAUGGUAUUCCAGAGAUUCCCAAUGGAGAGCUUUUGGCUGGCCACCUUUACCAACUUGGGGCUGAUCAUGCCACCACUGCCGAGAAUUGGUCUGCAGAAUAUCGAUGGCCAGUUUUCCAAGUCCGGAUGGGCCGCCGCCGGGCAAUAUUCCUCAACUCCUUUGAGUCUGCCCGAGAAUGGUUGGUGAAGAACAGCACAGCUACUGUCGAUCGACCUUGGUUUUAUACCUUCCAUGGUGUCGUUUCAGCAACAUCUGCUGCAACCAUUGGUACCAGCCCAUGGAAUGAAAGGACAAAGAAGCAGAGGCGUGUUGUUGGCUCAUUCACGACGGGACCUGCAAUGGCGAGGGCACGUCCCAUGAUUGACAUGGAAUCUUCAGCCGUCAUCGCGUCACUGUACCGCGAUACUGGAAAAGGCGAGCAAGAAGUGGUCCCUCACGUAUAUUUGAAGCGUCUUGCCUUGAACAUGAUGCUCAAAUUUUGCUAUGGCACCAGGAUGAACUCGGUCACAAAUCCACUCCUGUUGCAAAUUCUUGAAGACGCCACUACAAUUGCCAGCUUCCGAUCAACCAACUCCAAUCCCCAGGAUUUCAUCCCCCAUUUACGUUACUUGGCAAAGAGCGAUCGCACUGCUACAGCUCUGGAAGUUCGCGCACGUCGUGACAACUGGCUCAACUCUAUGCUGGAUAGGGUGAAGUCAGCGCUCAAGCCCAGUGAAAGUGACAAGAAACCGAUUGCGGAGAUGUUGUUAGAAGACAACACUGAGGGCCUGACACAAAGUAAGUUCCAUCCCGUCCACAAUUGCGUUCUUAAAGCUGACAAGGAUGCAGUGGAUAUCAAGACAAUCUUGGGAGGGUUGAUGUCCGGGGGCUUUGAAACUGUCUUUUCAACAGCCAUCAUUACGAUCGGACUUUUGUCAACCCCUGAGGGGCAGAUCCUUCAGCAAGAAGCAUACCAUGACCUCAUGAGCGCUUACAGCUCCCCCGAGGAGGCGUUUAAAGACUGUAUAUCUGAAGAGAAAAGUCCUUACAUUUCUGGAAUGGUCAAGGAAUCUCUGAGAUUUUAUCCGCCCCUUAAGAUUCUUCCUGCCAGGCAGACCUUCAAGGAGUUUGAAUAUAACGGAGCGAAGAUUCCAAAAGGUGUCUUAGUCUACACAAAUACCCAAGCUGUCAAUCAUGACAAGUUGUCAUAUGGGCCUGACGCCGAUAGAUUUCGCCCGAAGCGAUGGAUAAACAAGGAUUAUAACGUACCAGCACCAUAUCACUUCGCUUUUGGAGCUGGAGGACGCAUGUGUACCGCCGUCAACUUCUCCAACCGGGUGCUCUACACAAUAUAUGCACGAUUAAUUCUUUCUUUCCGCAUUACUGGAAGCCAAACCAACCCCGCCAACACGCAUUACAUCCAUUACAAACGCGAUCCUACCGAAUCCAAUUCAAUCGCCUCAGAGUUUAAGGUCAGGUUCACUCCAAGAGAUAGAGACGUGCUAGAGAGGUGUCUCAUCCAAGCUGAUGAGCGCUUGGCUGAUUUCAAU